AUGUCGCUGGGAACAAUUACAGAGAUUCAAGUGAGAGAUAUUCGCUUCCCCACCUCCAAAGAGUCUCACGGCUCGGAUGCUGUGGUGAGCAUGUGAUAUUAUUAAAUAUUUAAUUUCGAAGUAUUAUCGAGUAUAUUAAUUUAUAAUAUAUUUAUUUUUGAACUCUACACACGUAAAAAUGCACAAGUUGUUCUCCUUGACCAGCAAAAUCUGGCGUUUAUAGAUACUGUAAAAUAUAAAGUAGUGUGGACUGGGUUAAUUGUUAAACUUUAAUUUUAUUUGUUUGUAAUUUGAUCAAGCAUAAAGAUCCAGAUUAUUCAGCAGCUUAUGUCAUCAUCAAAACUGACAGAUCUGAUGGUCUGUGUGGAUAUGGUUUAGCUUUUACUUUGGGACGUGGCACAGAAAUUGGUGGGUUAAUAUAGAUAUUCUGACACUCGCAUGAUUAAUUUAUUAGGUACCAUUACCUAUUGGAUGGUAUAUUGGUACCUUGGGGUGCCAGAGGUUCUUCCAUGCUUGCAGGGGGAUAAAGUGGGAUGCACAAGGAUGCAAGCUGGAUCCUUCAUUAUCCCUGCAAGUGUGGAAGAACCUCUGGCACCCAGGGUAAUUGGAUGGAGGUUGGGUUAGAGAUUACAAGAAUAUAACUGACAUGUUUGCUUUCAUAAGCAUUCAUACAUUACAGUUGUUUAAUGGAUCAGCCCUUGCUAGUGAUGUCACAAAACAUGUAGACCAUGAGCAUUGCUGUCCCUCGGAAGAAAGAAGGGACUGCCGACAACGCAUCAAGAAACAAAAUGUGUGUUUGUUGCCCACACAAAGCAAAAUUCCCAUUGGUUGAAAUCGACAUGCCUGUCAAUCAAAUCUGAUAUGUAGUAAUUAUGCUAUAAAUAAUUUCCUAUAAAAUCAACAUUUUAUAAAUAAACAUGACAUUGACAGUUCCUAUUGGAUAGAUUUAAUUGGAUAUAAGUAAUGUUUAUGCAAAGGCGGAGCCAACUUAAUGUGUUGUUGGCAGUCCAUCCUUUCCCCUCGCACACCAGGGAAGCUAAACCCUUGGAAAGGAGGGACCGGUCGCAGUCCACAAAACAUAUUUUGACAUGGAUUUUAAAAUGUAAUUGUUUGACUCCACCAUUUUGAGUGGCAUCAACCUCAUACCCAGGGCUUAGCCUUGAGCAGACCCGGGGUACAAGGUUGGAGUAGCAUAUGUUUAUUAAAAAUCUGAAAAAAGCAUGGACUUUGUCAAUCAGUCGUUAUUACUAAAAUCACUUUCUUUUUUUAACCACUGUUUUCCCCUCUUGUUUAGUUGUUGUUGCAGUUAAGGCAUUCAUACCUUUUGUCACUGGAGUGUCUCUAGAUGAAAUAUUUGAUGACUUUGCAUCUUUCUGGAGGUCUCUCGUCAAUGAAAGUCAAUUACGAUGGGUGGGUCUACUGUUACAGCUCAAACAGACAAACCAAGGCCACUUUUGCAUAUUAAUUCUUUAUGUUUUUAUGCAAAAGUGCACUCGGUUUGCCAUUUCGGGCUAUAUAAUUAUAAACAUUUAAUUAUAACAAUAAUAAUUAUGUAUUAUAAUUAUUGCACCAAUAUCAAAAUAUGUGAAAAUUUUAAUUUGAAAAUUAUAGUGCAACAGAAUGUUGUAUUUAAAUUAUACACAUCUAAUAUUUGUGUUACAUUAUAGAUUGGUCCAGAAAAGGGGGCUAUACAUACGGCACUUGCUGGCAUUAUAAAUGCAUUAUGGGAUUUGUGGGCAAGAAUAGAAGGAAAGGUGAUUAAGAUUUAUAAAUCAAACCAAAUAAAAUCAAUAGCUUGAUUUUUAACAAAUGUUUUUUAUUUACAGUAACAUGAUAAAUUUUUGAUAUUUUUUAAGCCUCUUUGGAAAUUACUAGGUGACAUGGUAUGUUCAAUCAUGUAUAUGAUUUUUGUAAAUUUACAUGUGUGUAUGAGUACAAAUAUUUGUACUGUAUUUUAUAGGAUCCUGAAAAAUUAAUAUCAACAAUUGACUUUCAUCACAUGUAAGUUAAAAGUUCAAGUAUUUAUCUGACCAGCUGCACAAUAAUAAUAAUAACCUCUUUUAUUUCAAUUCUGUAGCGACGAUGCUUUAACAAAAGAGGAAGCUUUAGGUGCGCACUGUGUAUAUUUCUUAUAUAAAUUUAUCCUUAAAUUUUCCCAUAUGAAAUUGGAUGUUCAAUUGAUUAAUGCCACCCUAAAUUCUUCGUUUAGAAAUCCUAAGAAAGAAUUCAUCUUCAAAAAACGAAAGAGGUGUGUUUAACCCUUUAACCUGAUGCACCCACUAAAUUAUUUUACUCUGUCUAAUGCCAGAUUAUUUUAUUUUGUCUUAUGCCAAACGAUUUUACUCGUCAAGGGCAGAGUGCUGGCACUCGAUGGGUUAAUGAUGAAUGUUAAUUGUACAUUAUUUAUCCUCAAUAUGUUCAUGCAGUAAUUGUGACAUUUUUUUCCCAGAACAGUAUGUUUUGAAGCAUGGUUAUCCAGCAUACAUCACUUCUGUUGGUUGGCUUGGUUACAAUCAAGACAAAAUACAAAAUCUUUGUCAAAAAGCUUUGGCAGAAGGGUGGACAAGGUAUUGAUAUAUAAUUUAUACUACAUAGAGGAAAAAACUCAAUGAGAAUGGUAUAGAAUUAUGUAGUUUAUUUUGUAAGUUAUAAAUUAAAAUAAACAAUUUAACUAUAGGUAAUAGGAGUAAUUGUUUUUGUUUCAGAUUUAAAAUGAAAGUUGGUGUGAACAUAGAGAAUGACAUCGCGAGAGCUUCAACAAUACGUGAUGUGAUUGGCUGGGAGAAUGAUUUGGUUAGUUCAGAUCAUUGUACACAUUCGCGCAAGCCAUAGUACCUGGGUAUGAAGCAGUUCAGCAUGCUUAUAUAUAGUAUAUAUGUGAAUAGUACCUGGGUACAAAGCAGUUCAGCAUGCUUAUAUAGUAUAUAUAUGACCACAAGGCAUCCAAACAAUAUGUGAUGUUUUUUUUGUAUUUUUGUUUUAUUUAGAUGAUGGAUGCAAACCAAGUCUGGAAUGUAAAAGACGCCAUUUCCAACAUGAAAAAACUUGCUCGUUUCAAACCAAAAUUUAUCGAGGAGCCAACACACCCGGAUGACAUUCUGGGUCAUGCGGCUAUAGCCGAGGCUCUAAUCUCCGAGGGUAUUGGUGUAGCUACCGGAGAAACAUGCCCGAAUCGAGUUAUGUUCAAGCAAUAUAUACAAGGCAAAGGUCUACAAUAUUGUCAAAUUGAUAGUUGUCGUAUGGCUGGUUUAAAUGAAGUCUUUGCAGUUCUUUUGUUGGCAGCUAAAUUUCAAGGUACAAAACAGUAUGAAAAGUCUCUUUAUUCCCUUGGAAACUAUGGAUACUUUGUCAGUCAGUUGGUUGGUUGGUUGGUCAGGCGGUUUGUUGGUCAGUCAGUUGGUCAGUCGGUUAGUCAGUCAACAGUCAGUUGGUCAGUCGGUUAGUCAGUCAACAGUCAGUUGGUCAGUCAGUUAGUCAGUCAACAGUCAGUUGGUCAGUCGGUUAGUCAGUCAACAGUCAGUUGGUCAGUCGGUUAGUCAGUCAGUUGGUCAGUCGGUUAGUCAGUCGGUUGGUCAUUCGGUUGGUCAGUCGGUUAGUCAGUCAACAGUCAGUUGGUCAGUCGGUUAGUCAGUCAACAGUCAGUUGGUCAGUCGGUUAGUCAGUCAACAGUCAGUUGGUCAGUCGGUUAGUCAGUCGGUUGGUCAUUCAGUUGGUCAGUCGGUUAGUCAGUCAACAGUCAGUUGGUCAGUCGGUUGGUCAUUCGGUUGGUCAGUCGGUUAGUCAGUCAACAGUCGGUUGGUCAGUCGGUUAGUCAGUCAACAGUCGGUUGGUCAGUCGGUUAGUCAGUCGGUUGGUCAUUUGGUUGGUCAGUCGAUUAGUCGGUCAACAGUCGGUUGGUUAGUCAGUUGGUCAGUCGGUUAGUCAGUCGGUUGGUCAGUCAGUUGGUCGGUCGGUUAGUCAGUCAACAGUCUGUUGGUUAGUCGGUUAGUCAGUCCGUUGGUCAUUCUGUUGGUCAGUCGGUUAGUCAGUCAACAGUCAGUCGGUCGGUCGGUCGGUCGGUCGGUUGGUCGGUCGGUUGGUCAGUCGGUCGGUCGGUUAGUCAGUCAACAGUCAGUUGGUCAAUUGGUUGGUCGGUCUGUUGGUUGGUUGGUCAGUUAGUCAGUCAACAGUCAGUUGGUCGGUCGGUCGAUUAGUCAGUCGGUUGGUUGGUCAGACAGUCAUUCAGUCGGUUGGUUGGUUGGUCAAUCAAUCAGUCACAGGUUGAUUGGUUGGUCCAACAGUCGGUCAUCACCUUCAAGUUUGUUUGUUUAGUUCCUGUGUGGCCCCAUGCUGGUGGUCUGGGAUUAUGUGAGAUGGUUCAACAUAUAUCAAUAUUUGAUUACAUAUCUGUUUCACCAACACUGGAGAACAAGUAAGUCUAUAGAUCGCUUUCAUUAAUUGCACACAAUCUAUAUAGAUUUUUAUAAAGAAUGCACUUUUGUGAGAAAUUUUUGUUAUAUUAAAUCUACAAAGUAGAAACCUUACGUAAUGACAUACACUUGGGUAUAUUUCCUUGUUUAGAGCGACAGAGUAUGCCAGCCAUUUACAUGAACAUUUCUUGAGUCCAGCUCUUGUAAAGGAUGGGGCAUAUUUAGCUCCUCAGGUAGGAAAUAACUUUCUUUACACUGGGUAGCUCUAUCAGUUCUAAAUUGUUCUCCCCAAGGAACCAAGUAAGGAUCAUCUCUUAGUGGUUGAGUGUUGCUACAGGAGGAAACCAGAGUACUGUGGUGUUGGGUACAGUACGUAGAGUACAUUUUAAUCAGACAACUGCAAAUGUGAUGGAGUAUCUUCAAACAAUGUAGUUUAGUUCAGGUUUCCUCCUGUAGUAACACUGUAGCAAUAAAAGAUAUCAUAGUAUGUUCUGUAGAUAAAAUUCCUGUUUUCGCUUCCAGUCCCCAGGUUACAGCACGGAAAUGUUAACGUCGUCAUUAGAUGAGUAUGAAUAUCCCAAUGGCAAUUAUUGGCAGGAAAAUAAAGUAGAGCCCAGACCUCCUGAUGAUCUCGCGCGGUUUAAGAGAAGAAGACAACAAAAUAAUAAGUGA